AUGGUGCUGCUGCUGCUGGUGGCCAUUCCGCUGCUAGUGCACAGCUCCCGCGGGCCGGCGCACUACGAGAUGCUGGGUCGCUGCCGCAUGGUGUGCGACCCCCACGGGCCGCGACGCCCAGGACCCGACGGCGCGCCCGCCUCCGUACCCCCCUUCCCUCAGGGCGCCAAGGGAGAGGUGGGCCGGCGCGGGAAGGCAGGUCUGCGAGGGCCCCCGGGACCACCAGGUCCCAGAGGACCUCCAGGAGAGCCGGGCAGGCCAGGUCCCCCUGGCCCUCCAGGCCCAGGCCCCGGCGGGGUAGCGCCCCCUGCCGGCUACGUGCCUCGAAUUGCCUUCUAUGCUGGCCUGCGGCGGCCACACGAAGGUUACGAAGUGCUGCGCUUCGACGACGUGGUGACCAACGUGGGCAACGCUUACGAGGCAGCCAGUGGCAAGUUCACCUGCCCCAUGCCAGGUGUCUACUUCUUCGCUUACCAUGUGCUUAUGCGCGGCGGUGACGGCACCAGCAUGUGGGCGGACUUGAUGAAGAAUGGACAGGUCCGGGCCAGCGCCAUUGCUCAGGACGCGGACCAGAACUACGACUACGCCAGCAACAGCGUCAUCCUGCACCUGGAUGUGGGAGAUGAAGUCUUCAUCAAGCUGGACGGCGGGAAGGUGCACGGCGGUAACACCAACAAGUAUAGCACCUUCUCUGGCUUCAUCAUCUACCCGGACUGA